AUGGAAGUAUUUGCAAGUUCUUCAUCCAACUCCUCAAUGGACGUUUUCAAUUUUAACUGGAGUCAAGUGGCUCGUAUUUUAGAAGAACAUCUAAGUGAUCAUGUUUUUGAAGGUUCGAAGAAAACGAUAUUAUUAUCCAGUUAUGUAGGCCUAGUUUUUGCUGGAGUUAGCAUCAAUUUAAUAGUGUCUUUGGUAAUAGUUUGUAAUUCCCGUCUACGAGUUGCUCGGAAUCUUCUAAUAGUAAACCUGAGCUUUUCUGAUCUCAUGCUUUGCUUGUUUUGCAUGCCUUUUACUCUGAUUGAGCUUAUGAACCGUACAUGGAACCUUGGCGCAUUUCUUUGUCGAGGCGUUCCAUUUGUGCAAGGUAUCACUAUAUUUGUUGCUUCAGCUACGGUAUCUGCAAUUGCCAUUGAUCGCCAACAAGUAAUUAUCAAUUUCAAUGGUAACAAAAAGAAAAUGAAAAAUGGGAAGAGUAACAUGCUUCUGUAUACCACUAUACUCUGGUUCUUUUCUGUGCUCUUGUCUCUUCCAAUACUUUUCUCAAAAACUGUUACCACAGUCUCAUUAGCUGGAAUGGUGCUAUACAACAAAUGCAUCGAACAAUGGCCUUCGACCCAUGCUAAGGCGAUGUAUACCAUUCUUAUCUUAAUAGCACAGUUUUUUAUUCCAAGCAUUGUCUUAACUGUAACACACUUCCGUAUUAAAUCAUAUCUGAACAGGAGUGUUCGAAGACACGAUGCAAAAAGUUCUCCUCGAACAUCAGAACGCUUAAGAAAGGAACUGAAAAGAAAUAACCGAGCCACAGUUGUAUUGUCUUUCAUAUCUGUGGUGUUUGCUAUAAGCUGGUUGCCAUGGAAUGCUUUUAAUAUCAUGGCGGAUUUUGAUCUUCUCUCUGAUAUGCCAGCUGAUCAAUUCUAUUUAGCAUUCGCCGUUUGCCAUUUAGUUGCAAUGUCAUCUAGUAUAACUAACCCUAUAUUAUAUGGUUGGUUUAACAGUAAUGUAAGAAGGGAACUUCGCCAAUGUAGAUUAGCAUUAUUUAGUCAUAUAUUUACAGAAAAUAAAGAAUCAAAGAUCGAAGGUACUAACGGAUCUGCUGUGUAUGAUAAUACUUAUAUAAGAUCUUCGGGGAAACCAGAGCUACAAGAGAGUCAGCUCUAG